GCCUCCAGGCUCUCACUUUCCCGGAAAACCCUAGAGGAAGAGCAGCGAUGGUGUCGUUGAAGCUCCAGAAGCGGCUAGCCGCUAGCGUCCUCAAAUGCGGACGUGGCAAGGUCUGGCUCGACCCUAAUGAAGGCAACGAAAUCUCCAUGGCCAAUUCCAGGCAAAACAUUAGGAAGCUCGUGAAGGAUGGUUUCGUCAUCCGGAAACCAACAAAGAUCCACUCCCGUUCUCGUGCUCGGAGAAUGGCAGUGGCCAAGAGGAAGGGACGUCACUCUGGAUAUGGUAAGCGCAAGGGUACCAGGGAGGCAAGGCUGCCAACUAAGAUACUCUGGAUGAGGAGGAUGAGGGUACUGAGGCGCUUGCUCCGUAAGUACCGAGAAUCCAAGAAAAUUGACAAGCACAUGUACCAUGAUAUGUACAUGAAGGUGAAGGGUAAUGUUUUCAAGAACAAGCGUGUGCUGAUGGAGAGUAUUCACAAGUCAAAGGCUGAGAAGGCAAGAGAGAAAACUCUGUCCGACCAGUUUGAGGCCAAACGUGCCAAAAACAAGGCUAGCAGAGAGAGGAAGUUAGCUCGUAGGGAGGAACGCUUGGCACAAGGACCUGGAGAGAGAGCAGCACCCACACCUGCGGGAGGAGCGAAGAAAGCUAGGAAUUGAGUAGUGAUAGACCUCUGCAGUGAGAACACUGAAGAACAAUAACUCUGUUAAUGCGCUUAAUUUCAAAUCUAUAUAGAAGUUAUAUUUUUUGAGCUACGUACUACUUUAGUUUCUGAUCUCGUUGCAAAUUUUCCAGUCCAAACUAUGGAACUAUAUGAGUUGCAGAGUUUCUUUUCUUAAUGUUGAUUGAUGUGUUUGUGACUUUGGUAAACUUCAAACUAUCCAUGUUUAAAUAUAUGUUUUGAGAACCCAAGUUUUAUUUA